AUGGCCAUCCCGGUUGCACGCGUGCACCUCAAGGUGGCGCACGCAGCUCUCCCGGCGCUGCUCCCGACGCCGCCCAAGUGGAAGAUGCUGCCGCUUCUCCCGACGCCGUGUGUCGCCGCCGCCGCCAUCCUCCAAGCAAAGACGCCCGCCAAGCCCAGCCGCGCCGACGCCGACGAGAGGUGGGACGCGCACAAGAACAAGACCAAGACCAAGUCAGGUAGCGCAGAAUUCUCAGCGUCGUCAAGCCCUCGUUCCACUUCCGCCGACAGCGUCAGGAGCUUCGCCGGACGCCGAUCCUCCCGCAAGAGCUCGACGACAUCGCCGCCGAAGCCCGGCCGGGCCGACUCCGCUGAGAGGUGGGACGCGCACAAGAAGGCAGCAAGCCCAGCUUCGUCGUCGUCGUCAUGUUCAGGCACGUCUCCCAUCAGCCGCGCAUCAUCCGGCGAGCGCUGGGACGUGCACAAGAAGCGCUGCCCGCCGCAGGCGGAGUUGCUCGACGACGGCGAGAGCAGCAGUACUGGCAGCAACGACAUCGACGACACGGAGGAGGAGGAGGAGGAGAUAGUAUGGAAGCCGCGGGCCAUGUACGCCGGACCGGGAUUCGCCGCCGCCGCGCCGGAGCCCAGCAUGCUUCCCAUGCCGACAUCGGUCUUGGUUCCCGUUGCAUAG